AACGAAAUCGGUUGUGAUUAAUGCAGGCUCAUGUGAAGUUUGGUGCUAGAAUGUUGAUAGCUUAAUUGAUAUCGUCAGUUGAUCCACUGUUGAAGCUUUAUUCUUUUUAUCCUCAUUAUUUUUUUCAGACAUUAGUUCGUCUUGAAAUAUUUUUCUCUUUCCUCGUAAAUCUUAGUGUUAUUGAAGAAUUUAAAUCUAAAUGAUAUUUCGAUUUUAGGAUGAGAAGAAAUCAGUUAAAGGUUUAGUGGAAGAUUUUAAUGAUAAUCAAAGUUGUAUUUUAAUUUAGUGUUUCAUUUUAUAUAUUAUAUGUUAUGUAUUCAUGUCAUAUGCAUAAAACUCAAAUUAUUUUAAAUUUAAUUGUGUAUUAUAGAAUUUGGAUAGAUCAGUAGUUACUCUGAAACAUGCAGUGGACAUGUGGGGACUAGGGCUCAGUUUGGCGUGCUUUUGCUUCUCAGCCCAGCAAACAAACCAGCACCUUCUCUAUGUGAAGUCAGCUUUCAAUUUCCGGCAAAAAGUAUAUAUGCUGUCUUCACUCUUGAGUGUCCCCACCCCACACUCAACGUGCCUCACCAAACACUGCCUCUUCUCUCUUUGCCCUCUGAGAAUACCACUUCAAAAUCCAUAAUUGUCACUCAUUUGAAAGGAAGAGAAGAAGGGAAAAAAAUCCCAUGAUUUUUCAGAUUACAAGAUCAGAACUGAUCACUAGAUUAACAGAAGAUCAGCAAUCGCAAAGAGAACGUACAACUGUUUAAUAGAAGAUUUGAAGGAAAAGAAUAUGCCCUUUGAACAUGCUAAAAGCGGGUGCACGCUUUAACCUUCAACACUUGAGUAAAAUUCAAAGUUGGAGCCAAUGAUGCUGCUGCCAUUUGCAGAACGAGAAUGUCUUCUUGUCCCGCUGACUUGUCACAUCGUCUGAUCAUUACAAAGCCUGCUGCCCAUUUUCCUUCUUCCUCUCCCCACAGUAAAAAAGGAGCCCAAUGAGUCAAUGACACUCACCUUUCAGUCAAAAAGAUGAGAGAAUAUGAUCAAUUACAGGCAGUCUGGUUUGCAGCUGGAAUGGCUGCCUUUAUCGCUUGCAUUGAACGUGCAGCAGUCGAGUCCCUCUUCACCCAUUGGCGCGUGUGGGCGUUCUUGGCGCUGAACCUUUUGCUCUUAGCUAUUUUAUUCACCUCUAAAUCUCAAAUCCCAGCAAACGAAAUUGAUGAAGAAACUGAUGCUGAUUUGGAAAUCAACAGUAAGAAGAGAAUUAGGCUACAAUCAAGACCAGUUAUAUCUGUUAAUGAUGGCAGUGAGAAUGUGAAGUUGCUGAACAGUGGAGAGUGUCCGGAGUACGAAAGAAGUAAUGUAGAGGAUCAUGGGAAGGAAGAAGCCCAGGAGCAGCUGUCAAAGGAGGAACUUAACCAAAGAGUUGAGGCAUUCAUAACUAUGUUCAGGCAGCAUUUGGUCUCUGAUGCAAAGGGUAAGAGCUUUCCACUACAUUCAAGUCAAGUGAACUCUCCUCGGCGCCUAUCUUUUUCACAUAGUAAGGAGCAUGUUAGUAUGUGAGGAGAUAGGUAAGUGAGUAAUACUACAGUCGGAAUCAGGCAUUUCUUGAUUGAGGUUAUUGUUUAUUAUUUGAGGCUGACAUUUUAAUGGAAGUUGCAAGAGAGGAUUGUAAUAGUAGAAUCUGCCUGAAAGAGAAGGGGCUGAAACCAUUGAAUGCAUAACUCUUCCGUGCUGAAUUGUGAAAUAUGUCACGUUAGGCUAAAGUGGUCUCUAUCUGAUUCUUCUUCUCCGGAUGAAGUUAUUCUGUUCUAUAGGUAGUGUUUAAAGAAAAUAUUUAUCCACAUCAAUCAAGGAACAAGUAUGAUAUACUUGUGAUAUAAUUGGUCAUUUUUCUUAAAUUGUAUACCCGUUAUACAAUAAGUGUAUCUAAUUAAUUCAAAUAUUGACUAAA